UUGGCAGUCUGCCGUAUCAUAGGAACCAAGGUUUCCACGGCUGGACGCACUACUGGCCAAAGUAGCGCUAUCCCAGCAUGUAGAAGAAGAAUUGAGGAACGUAUCGCAAAGGCUAGAACUCUCAUCGGCAGACUGAUAUGCUUCAGAUUAGGCAAUAACAGGCCAAGAAUUUUGCGCACCGACAGGAUGGCGUUUGCUGGGACAAAUGUCAGUUUGUCACAGCCGGAUAUAACGCAAAAACUGACAGAGCGCAUAGAUGAUCUGAAGCAAAGAAUCACUGCUUGGGGAAAGCGGAUUCGGCGAUAUACCGAGAGGUCGAUAUGGUUCAAUCAGAAUCGUCUCUUCCAGAGUGAUCAGAAGAGGCUCUAUGAAUCAUUGGAGCGACCAAUGGUAAGUGGAACGGGCCCAGCACCGAAUCAGGCCGACACUGUAGCAAUCUGGCACGGCCUGUGGUCAGAGCCCGUAAACCACAGCGGAGGCCCUUGCACGGAAGUUGUGGCGAGUCAGUGUGCGAGUAUAGCGCCCAUGGACCCCGUCAUUAUAACACCGGAUGACGUAGCUGAGGCGAUCCGUAGGGCCCCGAACUGGAAAAGUCCGGGACUCGAUGGGCUGCAUCACUACUGGUUGAAGGGGUUCGUGAUGUGUCACACUGUGCUCGCCCGAAAGUUUCAAGAGGCUCUCAACCAGAAGUCGCCCCCGAGCCUCUUCACUAAUGGGAUCACCCAUUUGGUUCCUAAAGACCCGGGUACCACAGACCCGAGCAAAUACCGCCCCAUCACGUGUCUACCGAUGAUAUACAGGACACUAACUUCCAUUUUGAGCAUCAUGAGCGAUCAUUAG